GUUGACAUUUCGCGUCAAUACUCUUUAAGAAAAUCAAACGAAAACGAUAGAAAAACGAUGUAAAACCCAGUUAAUUUGCACACUGGUCAACUUGAAAUAGUUAGCAAAAAUAAUUGACCAAUUUCAAGAAGAAUGCAAGUUUUGUCUUAUCCAAAAGUUAUGUUUAUUGAGCCGUUUUACGGGGGCUCUCACAAAGUACUAAUAGAUACGUUCACUGGCAGUUUAACAGACUACGAAAUUAUUACUUUACCAGCGAAGAAAUGGCAUUGGCGUGCACGUUGUGGUGCUUUAAGUCUACAUGAAUUAAUUCCUUCUAUCACUUCAGAAAAAAUAUUAUUUUGUAGUUCAGUAUUAAAUUUAGCUGAAUUGUUAGGACUUAGGCCCGAUUUGCAGCCCCUGAAAAAAGUUGUAUAUUUCCACGAAAAUCAGUUAAUUUAUCCAGUUAGGGAUAUAAAAGAAAGGGAUGUCCAGUACUCAUAUAAUCAAAUAAUUACCUGUAUAGCCGCAGAUGUUGUUUUAUUUAAUUCGUAUUUUAAUCAGAGCUCAUUUCUGGAUAACAUUAAAAAAAUUACAAAACUUUUGCCUGAUUGGAGGCCUAAAAACUUGAAACAAAAAAUUGAAUGCAAAUGUCAGGUUUUGUAUUUUCCCAUGGAUUUUUCGCAUAUCUCUGCUCAUGAUAAAUUAACAAAUAUUUUACAUAUUGUUUGGCCUCACAGAUGGGAGUUUGAUAAAGGUCCUGAAGAUUUUUUCAGCGUAUUAAUGAAAUUGAAGGAAGAGAAGAUUCCUUUUAAACUGUCUAUUUUGGGGGAACCGUUUACAGAUAACCCUCCGAUUUUUACCACAAUUAAACUAGUUUUGAAAGAAGAAAUUUUAAAUUUUGGCUAUAUACAGUCUAAAUCUGAUUAUUAUAAUAUAUUGGCAUCAUCUCAUGUAGUUGUUUCAACUGCCAAACAUGAAUUUUUUGGUGUUGCAAUGUUGGAAGCCGUUUAUUGUGGCUGUUAUCCUCUUGCACCAAAUUCGCUAGUUUAUCCUGAAAUAUAUCCUUCAAACUGUUUAUAUUCAAACCUUGAAGACUUACAAAAUAGAUUAAAGGCCUUUUGUGUAGAUCCAUCACAAGCUGUUGAAGCUAGAAGACAAUUAAUUAUAGAUUUUGAUAAAUAUUCAAGUAAAACAGUUGUACCAAAGUUUAAACAAAUAAUAAACAAUUUAGUAUAUUUUUUAUUUUAUUUAAAAGAAAAUCGUUAGUUGUAGAUCGUUGUA